AUGAGACUAAACUCAUCCUUUCGAAACAAACAGAAACAUAUGAUUGAUCUAGAAGAAGUGUAUCCACUUGAACAUCAAAUGUAUUUGCUAACCAAAUUUUACGUUGAGAUGACGAUGGACGAGAAGUUCGUCGAGUCAAUAUGGACAUUGCUGAAGAAUGCAAUUCAGGAAAUCCAAAAGAAGAAUAAUUCUGGCUUGUCGUUCGAGGAGCUUUAUCGAAAUGCAUACACGAUGGUAUUGCACAAACAUGGUGAACGUCUUUAUAAUGGUUUAAAAGAAGUUGUUACGCAGCAUUUACAACAAAAAGUUCGUGAAGAUGUAAUGCGUUCACUUAAUAACAAUUUCUUACAAACACUCAAUCAAGCAUGGACCGAUCAUCAAACAUCAAUGGUCAUGAUUCGUGAUAUUCUCAUGUACAUGGACCGCGUUUAUGUGCAACAAAAUGAUGUGGAAAAUGUUUAUAAUCUUGGAUUAAUAAUUUUCCGUGACGAGAUUGUACGUCACGAACGUAUUCGAAAUCAUCUUCGGGAAACUCUCCUCACGAUGGUCAUGAACGAAAGAAAAGGUGAAGCUAUCGAUCAUAUUCUUAUCAAGAAUGCGUGUCAAAUGCUUAUGGUACUUGGCAUCAAUAAUCGAUGGGUGUACGAACAAGAUUUUGAACGCCCUUUUCUCACACAAUCUGCUGCCUUCUACACUAUGGAAUCUCAAAAGUUCUUAUCGGAGAAUAGUGCGAGUGUUUACAUAAAACGUGUCGAAGCAAGAAUCACAGAAGAAGCAGAACGAGCUAAGCUCUAUCUUGAUGAAAGCACAGAGCCACGCAUUGUCGAUGUUGUUGAAGACGAAUUGAUAAAGAAUCACAUGAGAACAAUUGUUGAAAUGGAAAAUUCUGGUGUCGUUUACAUGUUGAAGAACACAAAAACCGACGAUUUGGCUUGCAUGUAUAAACUCUUUUCUCGUGUCUCUGAUGGUGUUAAGACAAUUUCUGAUUGUGUCAGUAAAUAUUUACGAGAACAAGGCACAGCACUUGUGAAGGAAGAAGAAGGCGGCACAAAUCCAAUAACAUUUGUACAGAAUUUACUUGAUUUAAAAGAUCGUUUCGAUCAUUUCCUUCAUCAUUCAUUCAACUAUGAGAAGACGUUCAAGCAUAUGAUCUCUUCAGAUUUUGAAUACUUUUUGAAUUUGAAUAAUAAAUCGCCAGAGUAUUUGUCGUUGUUUAUUGAUGAUAAACUGAAGAAAGGUUGUAAAGGGAUGUCAGAACAAGAAAUUGAAACAAUUCUUGAUAAAACGAUGGUAUUAUUCCGUUAUUUGCUUGAAAAAGAUGUUUUUGAACGAUAUUAUAAAGCUCAUCUAGCUAAACGAUUGCUGCUCAAUAAAUCUGUGAGCGAUGACUCCGAGAAAAAUAUGAUAUCAAAAUUAAAGACUGAAUGUGGAUGUCAAUUUACAUCGAAAUUGGAAGGGAUGUUUAAAGACAUGCAAGUAUCAAACACGAUCAUGGAUGAGUUCAAGACGCAUGUGAAUAAUCAGAAUAUGUCAUUGAGUGGUGUUGAUCUGAGUGUUCGCAUAUUGACGACUGGAUUUUGGCCGACACAUUCGUCGACGCCAAAUUGUACAAUUCCACUUUCACCACGACAAGCAUUUGAGACAUUUAAAAGAUUUUAUCUUGCAAAGCACUCAGGACGUCAGUUGACACUUCAGCCACAAUUAGGAACGGCUUUUAUGAAUGCAGUUUUCUUUGGCGUCAAACAAGAUGCGGGAGCUGAAAGCGAAACGAAUGGAGCAUGUAAAGAAUCUACAUCAUGUUCAAGUUCUGGAAUGUUGAAUUUGCCAACACGAAAACAUGUUCUUCAAGUGUCAACUUAUCAGAUGUGCGUUUUGAUGUUGUUUAAUAAUCGAGAACGUAUGACAUAUGAAGAGAUUCAACAAGAAACUGACAUCCCUGAAAAGGAUUUAAUUCGUGCCCUUCAAUCACUUUCGAUGGGUAAACUUCAGCAACGUUUACUUUUGCGAACACCAAAAACGAAAGAAAUAGAACCUUCGAAUGAAUUCAUUGUAAACGAUGGAUUCUUCUCGAAACUUCAUAAAGUAAAGAUUCAAACAGUCGCAGCGAAGGGAGAAACUGAACCAGAAAGACGUGAAACAAGAAAUAAAGUUGAUGAAGAUCGUAAACAUGAGAUUGAAGCAGCAAUUGUAAGAAUUAUGAAGUCACGUAAGAAGUUGGCGCAUAAUCUACUUGUAUCUGAUGUCACUACGCAACUUAGAAGUCGUUUCCUUCCAUCACCUGUCAUUAUUAAGAAACGUAUCGAAGGAUUAAUUGAACGUGAAUAUCUCGCUCGUACACCAGAAGAUCGCAAAGUUUAUGUCUAUUUAGCUUAAAUCUUUCAAGAUCAUUUCUUCUUAAUAAAUUAAUUUUUUUUGUCAAACUAUUUUGCGAAGAACGUCAAGAUUGAUGAUAGUUAAAAACUUUCGACCCUUCCACGUGAUGUUGAAACAUGUGCAAAAGAAAUGAAAUCAUUUGUUAAAUUUAAAUCAAUAAUGUUUCCUUCCGCAUUAAUUUUCUCAUUGUGAUUAUAUUUUUCUCAACAUCACCGACUUCAACAUGUGAAAAGGAUGAAAGAUAAAAUAAAAAAUAAAUUUUUACGCAUAAAUUAGAAAUCCCAAAUCUGGUUGAUUUCGUCCGGUGAAUGUAUAAUGAAAAUUCCUUAUUUGAUUCAGUCAUUUUGGCGAUUACUAAAUCGGUUUUCCAUGUGAAAUUGUAGCUGAAUUUAUUGUUUUCCUUUUUAUUUUGUUUUUUAAUUAUUGAAGUCUGCAAGCAAGUAAAGGAGAUGCCAAAAGAAGAUUAAAUAUAAACUUGUACUUUCUCAAGGGCUGGAAAAUAAAUUUCAUCUCCUAACAGCCAUUUCACGGAAGAAAUGUACAAUAGAAUUAAAUUUAGAAGGAUCAUCUCUCUGUUGAAUUUUAUUGUGCAAACAUUCUUGAAAUUUAAAUUUAAAUUAAAGAAUAAAAAUUGCUUUCUUUUUUGUUUUAUUAUUAAAAUUAACUUAGAAAUUAAGAAAAUGUUUUAGUUGAAAUUAAGAGAUGAAGAAUUGAAAAAAAAAGCUACAAACAACAGCAUUCUAUAUACCUAAUUUAUCGGGCGAAGAUGUAAAUAAAGGAAAG